AUGGAGGAGCCUUUCACAGAGGGAGAUUUCUAUGCUGAGAAUUUUCUUCCCAAAGAUUAUCUGGAAACAUAUUAUAACGUCAACUUUGAUGAUGAUGAUGAUGGUGGACUGAAGAAGAUUCUCACUUUAUUCCUGAAAGGGGCCCACAGGGCGUUCACCAUAGAUGGCAUCAAGGGAGACACCCUGAUCGACAUUGGCACCGGCCCAACCAUUCACCAGUUCCUCUCCGCCUGUGAGUCCUUCCGGGAGAUCAUAGCCACCGAUUACACUGACCAGAACCGGGAGGAGGUGCAGCGAUGGCUGAAGAAGGAGCCGGGGGCUUUUGACUGGACUCCCAUCGUGAAAUAUGUCUGUGAACUGGAGGGAGAUAGUGCUUCAGAAGGACCUUCAGGGUUAUCUCCUCAUCAAUGGUCCAUGUCUUCUUUGGGCCUCCCCUUCUCAAGCUCUCUCUACUGGCGGGACCUGUAUCUCAGUAGGGUCCUCAGACCAGUGUUCCUUGUGCUGUCUGGGGAAUUCUGGGAGUUGAAAGCCAUACAUCUUAAUUGUGCCAAAGUGGAGGAAUACUGUCCUUGA